UCCAAGAAAUCCUUUUCCAUAACUUAUAGCUAUUGGGGUUUUUCCCUGUUCUUGAGCAAACUUCAAAGUUGAGCAGAGGGUAAUGGAUGAUUCCAAGAUUGAGGAACUCAAGCUGUUCGUUGAGAGCUGCAAAUCCGAUCCUUCAAUCCUCCACAAUCCAUCUCUAGGGUUUUUCAAAACUUUUCUCCAGAGCCUCGGCGCCAAAAUCCCACCAUCAUCAACAUCGGGUGCAGAUAAUGGACACGCAUUCAACGAGGACAUUGUUGAGUCUGACCUCGAAUUAGACGAUUCUGAUGUUGUAGAUCCUGAUAAUGAUCCUCCACAAAAGAUGGGAAAUCUCUCGGUUGAAGUUCACGAUGUAAGCCGUGAUCUUGCACAAAUCUUGAAACUAAAAGCUAUGGAUGCAGUCUCUGAAGGUAAACUGAAUGAAGCCAUAGAUCAAUUAACCCAAGCUAUUUUGCUGAAUCCAAGUUCACCCAUAUUGUAUGCGGCUAGAGCUAGUGUACUUAUCAAACUAAGAAAACCGAAUGCUGCAAUCCGAGAUGCUGAUGCAGCUUUACAGAUCAAUCCUGACUCAGCAAGAGGCUAUAAAAUGCGUGGAAUGGCAAGGGCCAUGCUUGGUCUUUGGGAAGAGGCAGCACGUGAUCUCGGUGUAGCAUCGACGUUCGAUCAUGAUGAGGAGAUUGGUUCAGUUCUUAAAAAGAUUGAGCCUAAUGUUAACAAGAUAAUAGAGCAUCGCCGGAAGUAUGAAUGGUUAAGGAAAGAAAAUAAUCUUAAAGCAACCGAACACGAGAAGCAAAAAACCCGAGCUAAAACCGAGGAUGUGGAUGCUACGCCUCCGGAGAAUGGUGAAGUAGUUACCAUUCACAAAGCGGUCGAGUUGGAAACAAGGCUUAGUGGUUCAUCACGGUCAAACCAAUUAGCCAUUCUGUACUUCACGGCAACAUGGUGUGGACCCUGUCGGCUCAUGGGUCCACUCUAUACAAAGAUGGCGGCAAAGUACCCAAAAGUGGCGUUCUUGAAAAUCGACAUUGAUGAAGCGAGAGACGUGGCGGCACAGUGGAAUAUCAGCAGCGUGCCAUCGUUCUUUUUUAUAAGAAACGGCAAUAAGAUCGAUCAGGUGGUUGGUGCUGAUAAAACUUCACUUGAAGAAAAGAUAGCCAAGUAUGGUGCCUGAGAUAUAGACACUUCUAAACUGGUUGUCUAUGCUGGUUUUGCUCUCUUAGAUUUGGAUCUUGUUAUAUAUACAUGUAUAGAUGUGUGUAUAUAUAUGCAAUGUAGUUGCAUUGUGGAUGGUGUUGGAAACCCGAAAUGAGAAAUGAAUUGUGUCGAUUUUCGUUGUUUG